GUCUUCUUUCAGCAGAGAUUCUUCAUAAACUUGCGCUAUCUUUACAGUCCUGGGAAGCUCUCAAGAUGACUGACUACAUUCUUCAUCGGUGCAGGUCGUGUCACUUGAAUGUGAAUGCGCCAAGCGACUGACUCGGUUUUCGUCGAUCGUUUGUUCGUCUCCAUCCGUCUCCAUUCACGCUGGACGGACGGAAAGAACACACGCUCUGUUUUCCUGCCGUACUCCCGCUGCCGCCGCUGAUGCUGCCCGAUUUGAAAGGCGCAGCGAUUGCUAAGCGGGGACCUCGGGCGGCGUUGCAGCAUGGACCACGGAGCAAUGGUGACUUCGAGAUUUGGACUUUGAAUUUCAAACGGGAGGACAACAGACCGAGAAGGCGGAAUUUCUCGCUCCGAUCGCUCGCGGGAGGAUUAGUUGUUCUGAGCACUGCUCGGUCACCCGAAACCGUCAUGCAUUGUGUAUGAUCAGGCGAAAUCGACUCCGGUGCUAGAAUGCGGUAGAGCAGUUUGCACUUCAUGGUGAGCCCUUCUGUGGUCAUCGCUUGCUCUGGAACGCCGCUUUGUGCAUGGGGGAGGGAUGGGAACGACAGCUCCUAUACGCGGUGGCGAGCACCGAAUUGGACGGGAGCUGUUGGGAAACAAAUGGUGUGGUCUGGAACCUCCGGCCCCGGUGCAAAGGCAACGCGCGUGUUUGCGGCUGGAUUGAAAGGCAGAGAUGUUUCUCGAGAAGACCAAAGCAGAACGAAAGGACAAAGCAAUGUGUCGCUUGCACCAGCUGAAGAUGAUGUUGCUGUUGUUAGCUUACCGAGUAAUGUUGACUACAUCUCCAGCCUAGGGAACUCCUACGUGAAACAUCUAGUGAAACUGCGACGGAAUGCUGCCACCCGCCAUUCUACAUCAUCUGUGUUGGUCAUGGGCACCAUUCCUUUGAGGGAGAUAUGUGAAUCUGUAGAGUUUGAUGCGGAGGGGCAGCGAGGGCCAAAUUUGAUCAAUGUUCUCCUCGUGAGAGAUGAUGCCGAGACUCCUGGAGGCCUAACCAGAUUUUCUCAGAGGGUUGUACGGGUGAGUGUGGCUGUCAUGACCAAGAUUACAGGUCUUGACUCGCCUCCAGAAGCUCUGGGAGUUUUGAGUUAUCCAUCUUCAUUCACUACACUCGAGCUCGACCAAGACAAGCUCUCAGCGAAUUCUCGAUUGCAAAAAUUGUGUCCGUCACCACGGCGCAUUCUCGUUCUCGACGCUAUACAGGAUCCGGGCAAUUUGGGUACCCUUAUACGCACUGCUGCCGCUUUUGCAUGGGAUGGAUUAUUCUUGCUGCCAGGCUGCUGUGACCCGUUUAAUGACAAGGCUAUACGUGCAUCUCGCGGUGCGUGCUUUCGAGUUCCAAUUGCAGUUGUACAUUGGCAUCACGUACAGGAACUUGCUGUUACAAACAGUCUGAAGCUGUAUGCUGGUGAUCCAGAGCCUGUAAGUGGUAGCGGAGAAAUAGAACUCGAGACGCCAGCCACGAGAAAUAGUGAAAGCGGAGAUGAGUCUGGUGCUGGUAGACGAGUUUCACUAGACAUGGAUGCGGGCAUUGUUUCCAAGCUUAAACCCUUGAAUUCAUGCCAGCAAGGCCUUUGCCUAGUCCUGGGGAGUGAAGGACAAGGUCUCUCCGACCACAUUGUCAAGGACUGCAUUCCUGUCGGUAUACCCAUGCCAGGAAAGUACGAGUCGUUAAAUGUUGCAGUUGCAGGUGGAAUCCUGAUGUUUUUACUCCGCUGACACCGAGCCCCACCCCACCCACUCUAGCUUCCAGGAAGAUUGCAGCACUCUACCUGCUUGGUCGGUCUUGGACCAAGAGCCGAAUCGAAGAUCCGUCUGGUAAACUUCCAGGUUUUAUGGUCAAUUAUUCGACUUACAUCAAUCACAACAUGUAAGAUAUCUUUGCUGACUUCGUUCGAAUUCGACUUCGGAUACUGGCUUUUUUGGUUCUGUUGCUAAAAGAGAUCGAUCACUGUUUUCUAUGUUUGACUUGGAAGUUUUCAAAGACACUGUUUUCAUUGCUGAACGUGUUAUGUGGGUCAGCUUAAUUCACGUUCUUCCUUCCUUUGCUGCUGUACCGGAAGGACACUGUAGUGUCCGAUUGUAUCAAGUGACAUGGUUGAGCUAGAAGCUGCAAGCGGGGUUGGGUAUUACAACGACCAGGAAUUUUUUAACGAACUGCAUUGGAAACUAAACACAU